GUUUGCCUUCAGAUCACUUCUGCUGUGGUUGAACGCCUUACGUAAGAUAAGGAGCAUUUGUCAGCUACGGUGGUACGUAGCUGCAGGCACAUUAUGCACAAAGAGAGGGAGGGAGGGAGGGAGGGAGACAGAAUGUGAGUGGAAGGUUUCUCUGGCAGCCGGUGCUCCACAUUGCUGGGUGAGGAGGAGUUCCAGGGAGGCAGGUCGGCUGCUGCCACCGCCGCCUGAGCUUCUGUGAGGGGAGCCGCAGCUCGGUUUGACAUGGUUUCAUCUCUGUGGGAUACUUGAAGAAUAAAAAGAGAUACAAAGUUGGAGAAAGAGGAUUGGCAUGAGGAAGAAACCAAAAUGGAAGGGCUUCUAUCUCCAAUGAGAACCAAGAUGACAGAGGGCCGCCGGUGCCAAGUACACCUUCUUGAUGACAGGAAGUUGGAACUCCUGGUGCAGCCCAAGCUUUUGGCCAAGGAGCUCCUAGACCUGGUGGCAUCACAUUUCAACCUGAAAGAGAAGGAAUACUUUGGAAUUGCCUUCACGGACGAGACGGGCCAUCUGAAUUGGCUUCAGUUGGACCGCAGAGUGCUGGAACAUGACUUCCCCAAAAAGUCAGGACCAGUUGUUUUGUACUUUUGUGUCAGGUUCUACAUUGAGAGCAUAUCCUAUCUAAAGGAUAAUGCUACCAUUGAGUUGUUUUUCUUGAAUGCAAAGUCCUGUAUUUACAAGGAGCUCAUUGAAGUUGACAGUGAAGUUGUGUUUGAAUUGGCUGCAUACAUCUUGCAGGAAGCAAAAGGAGAUUUUUCAAGCAAUGAAAUUGUCAGGACUGACUUAAAGAAACUUCCGGCUCUUCCAACACAAGCACUUAAGGAGCACCCGUCUCUUGCUUACUGUGAGGACCGUGUUAUUGAGCAUUACAAGAAGCUAAAUGGACAGACGAGGGGCCAGGCCAUUGUCAAUUACAUGAGCAUUGUAGAAUCUCUUCCUACAUAUGGAGUCCAUUAUUAUGCAGUCAAGGACAAGCAGGGAAUUCCUUGGUGGUUAGGACUUAGUUACAAGGGGAUUUUUCAGUAUGACUACCAUGACAAAGUGAAACCAAGAAAGAUCUUCCAAUGGAGGCAGCUAGAGAACCUGUACUUCAGAGAGAAGAAGUUUUCCGUGGAAGUGCAUGAUCCACGCAGGGCAUCUGUGACAAGGAGGACUUUUGGACACAGUGGCAUUGCUGUUCACACGUGGUAUGCCUGUCCAGCCUUGAUAAAAUCCAUCUGGGCUAUGGCCAUUAGCCAGCACCAGUUCUACCUGGACAGAAAGCAGAGCAAGUCCAAAAUUCAUGCAGCAAGAAGCCUGAGUGAGAUUGCCAUUGACCUAACUGAAACUGGAACUCUGAAGACCUCCAAACUAGCCAACAUGGGAAGCAAAGGAAAGAUUAUCAGCGGCAGCAGUGGGAGCCUUUUGUCAUCAGGUUCCCAAGAAUCAGACAGCUCCCAGUCGGCCAAGAAAGACAUGCUGGCUGCCUUGAAAUCCAGGCAAGAUGCGCUGGAGGAGACGCUACGCCAGCGCUUGGAGGAGCUAAAGAAGCUGUGUCUCCGAGAAGCGGAGCUUACAGGAAAAUUGCCAAGAGAAUAUCCCCUCGACCCAGGAGAAGAGCCCCCAAUUGUACGAAGAAGAAUAGGUACUUCCUUUAAACUGGAUGAACAGAAAAUACUCCCAAAAGGAGAGGAAGCUGAGCUGGAACGCUUGGAGAGAGAAUUUGCAAUUCAGUCACAAAUCACCGAAGCUGCUCGACGCCUCGCCAGUGACCCCAAUGUCAGCAAGAAGUUGAAGAAGCAAAGGAAAACCUCCUACCUUAAUGCAUUGAAGAAACUUCAGGAGAUUGAAAAUGCCAUCAAUGAGUACCGUAUCAAAUCUGGAAAGAAGCCAACACAAAGAGCCUCCUUGAUCAUAGAUGAUGGAAAUAUUGCCAGCGAGGAUAGUUCCCUCUCGGAUGCCCUCGUUCUAGAAGAUGAAGACUCUCAGGUUACCAGCACAAUCUCCCCUUUGCAGUCACCUCACAAAGGCCUCCCUCCGCGCCCACCGUUGCAUAACAGGCCGCCCCCUCCCCAGUCGCUGGAGGGACUCAGGCAGAUGCACUAUCACAGGAAUGACUACGACAAGUCUCCCAUCAAGCCCAAGAUGUGGAGCGAAUCCUCCUUGGAUGAACCUUAUGAGAAGGUCAAGAAACGCUCCUCACACAGCCAUUCCAGCAGUCACAAGCGGUUCCCCAGCACCGGGAGCUGUGCGGAGGGUGGUGGGAGCAACUCUCUACAAAACAGCCCCAUUAGGAAUCUCCCCCAUUGGAACUCCCAAUCCAGCAUGCCAUCGACACCAGAUCUACGGGUACGCAGUCCACAUUAUGUGCAUUCUACUAGGUCAGUGGACAUCAGCCCUACUAGACUGCAUAGUUUAGCACAGCACUUUAGACACAGAAGCUCCAGUUUAGAGUCCCAGGGGAAGCUCCUCGGGUCAGAAAAUGAAACGGGGAGCCCCGACUUCUACACCCCCAGGACUCGUAGCAGUAAUGGCUCUGACCCCAUGGACGACUGCUCCUCCUGCACCAGCCAUUCCAGCUCUGAGCACUACUACCCAGCUCAGAUGAACGCCAACUACUCCACACUGGCUGAGGAUUCCCCCUCCAAAGCCCGAGAACGGCAGAGGCAGAGGCACAAAUCGGCAGGGAACCUUGUCUCCUCGAAUUCUGGGAGCAUGCCCAACUUGGCUGCCAGGAACGGGACUGGGCACCAUGGAGUCUACCUGCAUAGCCAGAGCCAGCCUUCCUCCCAGUACAGGAUCAAAGAGUACCCCCUGUACAUUGAAGGGAGCUCCACGCCAGUGGUGGUGCGCAGCCUGGAGAAUGACCAGGAAGGACACUACAGCGUGAAAGCACAAUUUAAAACAUCAAACUCAUACACGGCAGGGGGAAUGUUUAAGGAGAACUGGCAUGGGGACGAAACAGACUCAGUAAGGCUGACCCCCUCCCGGUCUCAGAUCAUAAGGACUCCAUCUCUGGGCAGAGAGGGCCAUGAGAAGGGCUCAGGAAGGACAAUGGUGUCAGACGAACUGAGGCUCUGGUACCAGCGGUCCACAGCCUCUCACAAAGACCACAGCCGCUUGUCGCACACAAGCUCCACUUCCUCGGAUAGCAGUUCCCAGUACAGCACCUCCUCUCAAAGCACCUUUGUGGCGCACAGCAGGGUAACGAGGAUGCCUCCGAUGUGCAAAGCAACAUCAGCUGCCUUACCUCACAGUCAGAGGAGUUCGACCCCAUCUAGUGAGCUAGCAGCUACACCACCAAGCAGCCCACAUCAUAUCCUAGCCUGGCAGACAGGGAGCUACAACGAUAGCUGUUACCUGGAUUCUCCCCUCUAUCCAGAACUAGCCGACGUCCAGUGGUAUGGACAGGAGAAAGCCAAACCUGGAACUCUAGUGUGAAUCCCCUUGACCUCAGCUGUUCAAACGCAUCAACGCCAUUCUGAAAAUCACCUCACUGCCUCUCAUUUGCCUUACCCAGAUGCACUGGCGCCUGACACCAGCUUCACGUCAAAGCACUUUUCACAUAAGGCAAUUGAAGAUAUUACAAAAACCAACAGCUCCGUGACAGAUCUCUUACCCAGUCAGUUGUGAAAAACAAAUUCUUUUGGCCUUGGUUUCUGCAGACUGCCAUGUGCCUCCCCGCGCUCAACCAAGAGUAGAGGGCAAAUCUACAAAGUAGCUGGAUUUUAAGUAGAUAGUCAGUUCAAACCAAUUUUUCCCCAUAAAUAAUAUUGUUCUUUGAUAUGUAACACUAUUCUGACGAUAUGUUUUGAACUCUAAAGUCAAAGUGCUAGUUGAAGAUGGUGCAAUAGUUAUCAUGAAAUAUCAGUUCCAUUUCAGGAAAAAAGGACUGUGGAGAGAGAGAGAGAAUGAUGCUAUCAUUUUAAAGAUCGGCCAGCAUGUUGUGAUUUGUUCUGUGCUGCCAAAGAUUUCAGUGGCUGUCUGUCGUGAAGCAUUUAUCUAAAUAAUAUCCUAUUUUUCAGAAAUAGCCCUAGUAUUCUGUAACCUGUUCCCCAUCUUCUUUGUUUUUGAUGCCCUAAAAUGCAAUGAAAUCUCAAACAACAGUACAGAUACCACACAAUCUCGGCAGAUAUCAAUUUGGGGAAACUACCGGGAUGAACAAGAUGGGGCCCCUGAGGGCAUCAGCAAGAACAAGAGCAAGUAAUUGUUUCUUUUAACAUUCCUGCGACUAGUUGAAAGCAAAAACACACCAGUAAUGUAAGAACUUCUGUGACCUGCUGCGAAAUAAAAUGCCAAAAAAAGCUUUAGGAUUUAAAAGAAACCGAUCUCUGUAGAAACAAGUGUGUCAAAUCACGGGAAAGUGCACCGUGCUGAAUGUGAUCUUGAAAUACAUUAAUAGUAGUGUAGCAAAGGGCUUAUUUGACUAGCUGGGGCAGUGCACAAUGCUUUAAAAAGGAGGGCUUUGACAGUGUUGUCUGUUUACCAGCAGUUUAGGUCACUUUCCUCAAAGUACUAAAAUGAACCAUUCAGAUACACAAGGUUUUUUCCCCCCCAUUUGAUACAAAGCAUGGUUGACUACCAAUACCAAAAGAGAGGAAACUAUGAGUUUACAUGUACACUUGAGCAAUGCUUUUUAUACAAGUCUAGAAAGCCAUCAAACUUCAAAAAGGCCUCGAUCUUUUAUAAUGAAUUAAUGCACAAUCUCUAGGCCCUUGGUCAAAUCCUGGGUUUUGCUGGAGGACCACUUUUAAGAAAGGAUGGCUGGGGAGGGGAGGGAGGGGAGGACAGCCAGCCUCACAUGCCCAUGGACCUGCUGGCAAGUCCCACUGCCACCACCACCACCACCACCACCACUCCGCCUUCCACAUUCCUGUUUUGCCUCUGGACUGCAAAUGGGUCAUCAGCUGCUCACCACUAAUCCAGGCAGGUAUCGGAGCAGGCACACGAAAUUGUCACUGAGGUGCUAUGCUGUUUUUAUGCCAUUGGAUGACCAAGUGUUUUGUGCCUCUCCCUGAUUUUGUGUUUGUGCGCACGCAGUGGCAACAAAAACUAAAGAGAGACUCCAAAGAGCAAGAAACUGAUUUCAUUAAAAAAACAAUUUAGAAGUGUCUAUAUAAUAUUCAUUGGGAAGAUGUUAUAUGAAACAUCCCACCCUAAGCACUUACCAAUGACAAUUGUUUGGAUUGUUGUGUAAACCCAUUGAUGGACAGAACCAAUACGACAACAGCAGAUUCUCUAAUUGGGAAAAAUGUCUGCAAUCCCUCACAAAGUUAAGUUUCUGAAAUCAGUGGAAUUUAAGCACCUUAACUCUGUGCUGGUGUGCAGCAAAUGUUUUUAAACAACCUCUCUUCUUAAAAUGAACUGGAAAAUAGCCUAAUUUACAAUCACCUUUUUAAAAUGAAGAAUCAACAAAAUAAUGAUGCUUAAGAAGAACUAAUGUAAUGGUUAGAUGUUUACCAAGAAAAAUUCUCUUAAAUUAGAAUAAGCUUUUUCUUACACACACACGCACACACACACCUAGCUACCUAUGUGUGUAUAGCCCCCUCUACUGGCAACAUCCAGAUGGUGUGUUCCAGCACAAAUGAUGACAAUUAACUAGACAUCCUUUUGAAUCUAUCUAUACUACAAACUAAAACUGGUUAAGCAGUCAUUCCUUCAGCCCGGGCAACUAUAGUUCUCAGGGUAGGGCACGCUCAUAUAAUUCUCAGCACUUUCACCAAUCUACAAUUCCCAGAAUUCUUUGGGACAAGCCAUGACAGCAGUAAAACAGAUAUUAAGUUAGUAGUACAGAUAUUCUUCUAAUUAUUAACUUUUCAGAUCAACUACCACCUAAAAGAAAACUUAAUUUCUAUUCAAAAAGUCAUCCAGAAUACUUGCUGAUUACCUUACAUUUAGGGAACAAUUUCUUGAAAAGGAAACACGCCAACAGUUACAGAAACUAUGGGUUGGAUCCAUUCUUAGUCAUGCUUUGAAAUCAAUCAUGGCUAACUUGUCUUAUUGGUUUUAAUGGGUCUACUCUGAGCGUGACUAAGGAUGGACACAACCCCAUCGUUCCAGUCACACACAAAAGUCAUUGGUCUGGGGCUCCCCUCUUCACUAAGCAGUUUGGAUAUGAUAUUGAUACAACAAUAUAAUCUAUGUUACAUUCUAAUAAGAAACAGCAUUUAGUUAGCAGAAAUGCUGACAUCCCCAAGUUAAUAAUUUCAGGACGCAAAUUGGCAAAAAGCAAAAUAAAACAAACCUUCUUAAGCCUGUCUGCAAACAUUCUAGGGGAGGGCGGGGGGAUUUUUGUUUUUUCAAUCAUGGCACUUGUGAGCCAGUCUGGUAGUAAAGACAGAAAAUUAAGUAAAACAGGUUUUACUGUUUAACUCAAUUCAGUUAUAAAAAAAUGUACAUAAAAUGUUAAUCAGGAGAUUAACGUGUCUUGAGUAUAACGUGAAGGGGUAAACCAUAGCUAUAGUAUUCAAGCACUUGACUACCCCAUUAAUAAACCCCUUGAAUUUUGCUUUUAUAUACAUAAAAAGGUCCCUGGUCCGAUAUUGCAUUUUGUCUGUAUGUACAAACCUCCCCCCUGUCUAGCUUUGUAUAUGCAUAAACACCAUAUGACAUGGUGGGCAGGGUUUAUUUUUUAAAUGAUAUGAUAUGCAGUUGAGUGUUGAAAAUGUUGGGAAAGAAAAAAAAGGUCCAGUUUGUUUUGUUUUUUCACCCAGUAUUAGUUUUUAGUUUUGGACAUAGCAAACCCCAUUCAGGUGCUAUCAGAUGACCAGUUACUGCUUAGUUGACUAGAUGUAAAGUUUUACAUGCAUAUAUUAAUGUCAAUAGUUUUAUUACAAGUUGUGCAAAAUGGACUCUAGUUUAAAAUAAGAAAAAAUAGAACUCUUCUGAAACUGACUGUAGAGCAUGUAAAAUGAUUUUACUGAAUCCUGUGCAACAGUAAUCAAGGGGAAGGAAAGAUGUUAUGUUGUAGAAAAGGUUGCAGAAUUUUUUUUAAAAAAAACUCUGCUUUUAAUUUAUUCUUUUUGUAUUAAGAAUUUGUAUAGUUACCUUUACAUUUUGCAAAAACAGUGUUGUCAACACUUCCUUAUUAAAGCAUU